CAACCAAACCCACCACACAUCUCAAACCAAGGCUCAACCAAGCAAAGCCACAAUGACCUCAACCCCAAGCUCCCUCUCCCUCUCCCACACCCACUCCCUCCCAACCGGCAACACCCUCUCAAACCGCACCCCCAGCUCUCCCCCAUCCUCUCUCACCCACUCCCUCUCCCAGUCAGGCCAAAGCCCAGGCCAAGACACACCCCCCUUCUUCGCCUUCUUCCACGACUUCACCUUCAACCCGCGCGGCGUCCUCAUCGACGAAUUCAACCGUCUCGCUUGCCUGCGCAGCUGGUCCAACAAGGGCCCCGUCCGCCGCUGGAUGUGGAACUUCCUCCUCCGGUGUGAAUUCAAGCGGCUGGUGCUGCGCGCACAGGAUGGAGAGACGGGCGCGGGCCCGGUGCUGGCUGAUUGGCAGGGGCUUUGUGUGGAGGUGGGCGUUGGGGGGGAGGAGGGGAGUAUUAGGAGGUGUAAGAAGGCCCUCGCAAAAGUCCACAUCAACCUCGUCGACCUCCUCGAGCAUCGACGUCUGGGCACCCCGCUGAAACACUUUCCGGACCUGGGCGCUUUGAUCCGGUAUACGCGGCAGACGGGCAAGUUUGUGAGUCGGGAGUUGGUGAAGGGGGAUCCGAUGGUUAAGGUGUUGUUGAGGAAGAUGCGUUGAGGACUUACUUCAAGUUGCUUUGUUGGGGGUUCGGUCUUGGUGUUAAGGUCGAUAUCUGUCUAUCUAUCUGGAGAUGGUGUGCUUGCGUCGAGGAUUUACUCACUUUGUUGGGAGAUGGUGCUUGGUGUUGUGGGUCUGGGGUGGUGGGCUUGUUUGUGGAGGGGGCUCAGUUGAUUUGAUUUAGGGGAAAUGGGUGGACAUGGGCUGGGUGAGGGUGAUGGAUGGAGAGUGAGGUUGGAGUGGAUGGGGAGGAUAGCAGGAUUGAAGGGGAAGUGAAGGAAUCCAUUGUAUGCGGAGGAUGGGUAUGUCUCAUUUGAUAAAAAAAAGUAUGGUAGAUAACUAAGCCCGGACAAAGUCAACGAGCCACAAUCAAUAUUGAUAUCGAUAUUAAAACAUU